AUGGCUAGCUCUGCAACCAAGUAUGUCAUACAUGCACCCAGAGCUUAUGUUGACUACAAUCGCCAUGCUGGAAACCGACGCCAACUGUUGGUUUCUGACCAGACAGCCAAUAUACUGACAAACUUCUUGGCCGUCUUCCUGGCGCUUGCGGCCAAAAGCCUUUACAACAUUGCACGCAGAAUUCUUAAGGCACUCAACCAACGUGGUGCAAACCAGGCCCCGGCGCCGGAUGACGACACCGUUGACCAGGAGGAAAGACGGAUGCAAAGACUUGAAGUAAUCGACAAGUCCCACGAUAAUGAGACUUUAAUCGUGGCAACCUUUCGCCGGCUUCUUGCCUUGCUGCACAAAGUCGUACCAAUUCGGCCUCUUGGUGACACUACGCCAACUCACAUUCGCAUGCUAAGGCCAGAGUUCUGGUAUAAUAUGUUCAAAAUUGCGAACGAGAGUUCAAUGGACUUUCUAUGGUAUUUCAUCGUCGGCUUUGGAGCGCUUUUACUCUACUUUGGAAUGUUGAUAUUGGGCAUCAUGUCUGCUUAUCCAGUGGUUGGUGACUCGAUUGCUUUGUCCCGGCAUCCGCAAUGUGGCCUCGUGGUAUCCAAUGACGCACAGAACGCCGCAAAUUUUGCGCUGGGUCACAAGUACUACAACGAUAUCGCGCGUGAGAGCCUACAGUACGCCAAAUCAUGCUAUGACCUCGGACGCGGCGCCAGCAGUGCUGCCGGCGGUGAAUCUUGUUCGUUCUUCUACGAACCGAGCAUCAAAUAUUCAAUCAUAGACAACGACACCUGCCCUUUCAAGAUUGGGCGCGGCCACCUGUGUCGCGAUGGAGAGAACAGCUCCUAUACACUGACCACAGGGUCUGCGAGCAGCUUGCUGGACGACGCCAGCAAGGUCGUGGCCGAUGCCAGUGUCCUCGGUAUCAAUUCGCCGCUUCGAUAUACGUUCCAUCGGAGCAUCACCUGCUCUCCCUUGCGGACGGAUGGGCUUAUUCAUCCUUUCCUAGCUGAUGAUAACAGGACCAUCAGCUUUCACUAUUUCUAUGGUAACCACACCGGUGAGUGGAAUUGUACGUCGGAUCUGCCAUAUUGCACUUUCGAGUCUAAGCUGUUUCCGGACAUGAAUCAACCAUACAAAAUGAUGACAACCAGCACACGCCGUUUCGCUCCAUGGCCAUGGACACCUAUCUUCGAGGUGAACGAGAUGUACGGGGAGUCCGCUACACUCAUACUGCUGUCCAACUUCGGCAUUUUCUAUCCCCACGAAAGCCUCGAUCCUAUCUUCCCCGCCAACACCACAGGGGGAGAUGGCUGGUACACCAACACCCAAUUCCACGCCACGGUCCUCGGCUGCAUGAGUCGCACCCUUGUCUGCCUUCCGGACUCUGUUCCCAAACUCUGUUUCAACCUCACCGGCCUCGGCAACUUGGACGACAGCGACCCCGAGCACGGGCCUAUCCGCGCCAUGCUCUAUUUUUCUCUCCUUCCCGACCUUGAAGCACAGCUCAGCUAUCUCCUUACCGAAUCCCUCGAAGCCCAAUCCCUCCUUAGUGGGACGACAUCUUCAGCCCUCUCUCCUACGCAAUGGAAAAUCGAAACACGUCAAAUGUUCGAAUCCCUACUCGCACGCACACAGAUCACAGCAAGAAACAUUGCCCGCGGGGUCCCUGGCGCGGAGGAUUUACCCGGUCAGCACGAUCUCAUGCUGCCAGCGUGGCGGGGAAUGUGCACGCGGUAUAAGUUUCGGGCUACUGGGUGGAGGAAUAUCAGCGUUAGUUGGUUUCUGGCGGAGUUCUUCGCGGGGUUGCUGGUGUGUGUACUGGGUAUUGCGAGGGAGGAUGGGGAAUUGUGGCUCGAGGAGCCGGUGAGGAGGCUAGCGAAGACGACGGUUGGAAAGUGGUGUUUGCUUGGUCAGCGAGUGCUGGUCGAUGAUCUGUGA